AUGAGCUACAUCCGGCUCUUCCAAGGCCUCGCGUACACGGAGCUUCUUGUGCUGCUCAUCGGGAUCGUUGCCUCGCUGGCAGCGGGUGUGCCGUUACCGCUUAUUGGCGUCUUGUUUGGACAGAUGGUCAACGGCUUCAAUACCCAGGCGUGCGCGAAUCACGGUCUGACGACGCCCGAUGCCCCGUCGAAAGCGGCGUUCUUGGACGACGUGAGUGAUCACGUCGUGAAAAUCGUCAUUGUAGCCGCUGUCAAUUUUGCGCUGAUCUGGAUCUACGCAAGCUGCUGGUCAUUCCUGGGCGAGCGCAUUGCGCGACGCUUGCGUCAGUGCUACGUACGUGCACUGCUGUCGAAAGACAUGGCGUACUUUGACACACUGCCGCCUGGCGAAAUUAGUACGCGGCUAAGUGAGAACCUAAUUCUCGUCCAAAAUGGUACAAGUGAGAAGAUGGGCAUCUUCUUGUCGUCUCUAUCGUACUUUAUUACGAGCUACGUGAUCUCCUUCUACCUUCUCCCAGCGCUGGCCGGCCAACUGGUCUCGCUCAUCCCGGCGUUUCUGAUUGUGUCCAUGGCUGGCGCGCACUUUGUCGGGAAGUACUCGUCGCGCAUGUCGUCGCAUCUAGGUGAUGCAUCCAGCAUCGCCUCGGAAUCGCUGACCAACCUGCGUGCUGUGCAGGCAUUUGAGAUGCAGCGGCCCUUGGCCAAGCUGUUCAAUAUGCACUUGCACUUGGUCCGCCGCACCGGCCUGUUUCGGGCACUCUCUGCUGCGACCAUGCUGGGCUGCCUAUUUUUCGUGGCGUACUCGGCGAAUGCCCUUGCCUUUUACUCGGGCAGUCGCAUGGUCACAGAGCGCAUGGAUGGCGAGGGCGGGGCAUCGGAUACGGUCGGAUCGGUGUACACUGUGAUUUUCCUGCUGCUCGAUGCCUCGUUUGUCGUGGGCCAAAUUGCACCGUACAUGCAGUCGUUUUCCGCUGCAGGCGGAGCUGGCUCGCAAUUGCUCGAGACUGUCCAGCAAACAUCGCCGAUCGAUCCCUUUUCGGGAGACGGCCUGCGUCCGUGCGAUUCUGAUGCGCCGCUAGGCUUUCGACUUCGUGGCGUCAGCCUGGCGUACCCUGCACGCCCCAACGCACGUGUGCUGGACCACUUGGACUUGGACCUGGAGCCGGGGCAGCGCAUUGGCCUGUGUGGGUUCAGUGGAAGUGGCAAGAGUACGGUGGUAUCGCUGCUGCUUCGCCUGUAUGAGCCGAGCGAAGGCAGUGUCACGUUGUUCGAUGGAACGUCGCUGCGUGACGUGUCCGUAAGCUGGCUUCGUGCGCAGGUCGGGCUGGUCGGCCAAGAGCCUGUGUUGUUCGACUGCACGGUCCUUGAGAGCAUUGCCCAUGGCUUGCUUGGCAGUCCCGCGCAUGCCCAUUUGCAUGAAGCCCUUCGUUGGCUGUCGCGGUACUCGUUUGAUCAUACGACAAUGCCAGCUACGUGGCACGCCGAGGCCCCGAGCGAGAUCCACGAAGCGCUGACCGACGUGCAAAAAGCGUGUGAAGAAGCAGCGCACAUGGCCUACGCCCACGACUUUAUUGCGGCGCUACCGCAGGGCUACUUGACCCGCGUAGGCGACGCUGGCCGGUCGUUGUCAGGGGGCCAGAAGCAGCGUAUUGCCCUGGCCCGUGCCAUUGUGAAAAAGCCCCGCGUCCUGAUCCUUGACGAGGCGACCGCCGCGCUGGACUCGCAGAGCGAAAAGGUGGUGCAGGCAGCCUUUGAUCGCGUCUCGGAAGGCCGUACGACGAUUGCUAUUGCACAUCGUUUGUCGACGAUCAAGAACUACGAUAAGAUCGUGGUCAUGGCGCAUGGCCAAGUCAUGGAGCAGGGCACACAUGACGAGCUCAUGGAGGCGAAGAGCCACUAUGCGCGCUUGGUCUAUGCACAGACCGACUCCACGCCAGACGACUCGCCGUCGUUGCCAGCCGUGGAGCCGUCCAAGGCGCCGACGUCGAUGAAUGAGGAAGAGCCUAUGCAUGGCAUGUCUAUGCCGAUGCCCGCACAGCCGGUGGUCGCACCGACGACUAUAACCGACGUGGAGCACGCUCAUGCAGUUACGCCGAGAAAGCAUGCGAACGUAUCGUACACACGCUCGCUUCUGCGUCUUAUGCGCUGGGCAUUGGUCAAGUGGCCGUAUGCGUUGCUGGGCCUGGCGGCGUCGGCCAUCAUUGGCGGUGCGUACUCGGGCGAGGCGGUGCUGUUCGGCCAUGUGAUUGAGGCGCUGAAUCCGUGCAAGACACCGAGCCGCAUUGAGCAGCAGUCCGACAUGUUUGCGCUGUUCUUCUUUGUGCUUGCGCUGAUUGAGUUGGCAUCGUACUUUGUGAGUGGCGCGUCGUUUGGGUUCGUUUCGGAAUGGCUGCUCUUGCGUAUUCGUAAAUUGGUGUUCCAGGUCUUGGUCUCGCAGCCACUGGCAUGGUACGAGUCGGAAAAGACUACGCCUUCGGUGAUGAUUGCCAACCUCAGUGCAGAUACGAGCAACCUUGGCGGGCUCACAGGCACGGUGAUUGGCACGAUUUUCAGUAUCUUGGUCAACUUUGUGGCGGGCAUCACCUUGGCACACAUUGUAGCGUGGCGUAUUGCUGUGGUGAUUCUGUCCAUGGUACCCAUUUUGAUUUUGGCCGGGUACAUGCGCCUUAAAGUGAUUGCUGAUUUUCAAAAGCGGCAUGAGACCGCGUACGCACGAUCGACGUCGGUCGCUGUCGAAGCUGCGUCGUCGAUGCGGACCAUCGCAGCGCUCAGUCGUGAGCGCGAUGUGCUGCAGCUUUUUGAGUACAGCUUGGAGAAACCGUAUCGCGAAAGCUUGGGGCAUUUGGUGCUGGGCAAUUUGUUCUUAGCCAUUUCCCUGAGCAUUUCGUACUUUAUUUACGGCUUUGCGUACUGGUGGGGCUCGAAGAACGUGGCGGAGGAACGAUACUCGCAAGUCGCCUUCUUCACAGUGCUCCCUGCUCUGCUGUUCUCUGCACAGUCCUCCGGGCAGCUGCUAGCCUUUGCGCCGGACUUUACCAAGGCCCAAGUAUCGGCCUCCAACAUUUUCUCGCUCCUGGACCGAGCGCACACCAAGGUGGAUGCCCGCAUACGCCGCGCUCGUCCAGCGCGUACGUACGACGAAGAGGCCAAAGCGACGACCAUGCCUCUGGGCGACGGCGGGCCCCUUUCCGUGUCGUUUGAGCAUGUCAGCUUUACCUACCCUGGCCGCGAUAUACCCGCACUUCAAGACAUUCAUCUGGACAUCCCGGCUGGAUGCUUUGCCGCAUUCAUUGGCGCGAGUGGGUCUGGCAAAUCCACGGCCAUGAGCCUUAUUGAAAACUUUUACGCCCCGACGCAGGGCGUCGUGCGUGUGAAUGGAUGCAGCACAACCUCGACACCUACGCAUGUACUGCGCGAACACAUGGCCAUCGUGCCGCAGGAAGCUAUGCUCUUUCGUGGCAGCAUUCAAUUCAACGUCGCCUUGGGUCUGCUCGAUCCACUGAGUGUGCCUGCUGUGGCCGAGGAGACACAACCUGGCGCAUUCACCGAGAAACCAAGCGAAACCGCAGAUGGGCGUAUCACCGAGGCAUGUGAGGCUGCGCACUUGCACACCGCCAUCCAAGCGAUGCCCGAUGGCUAUCGUACCGACAUUGGCGCGAGUGGCAGUCAGCUCAGUGGAGGGCAGAAACAGCGGUUGGCCAUCGCGCGUGCGCUGAUUCGCAGGCCGCAUUUGCUUCUGCUGGACGAGUCCACGUCGGCGAUGGAUGCAUCAAGUGAGCAGGCUUUCCAGGAUACGCUGAAUGCAUUGUACCAGUCGCGUCAAUGUACGAUCAUUGCCAUUGCCCAUCGCAUGCGCACGAUUCGGUCGGCCGACAUGAUUUUCCUCUUUGAUCAGGGACGUGUCAUCGCUCGAGGGACGCACAAUGAGCUCCUAGCUGCGUCGCCACAGUACCAGGCCAUGAUUGCACAUCAGUCUCUUGACUCGUAG